AUGGCGAAAAAGGAAAAAGAACAGUCGCGUUUAACUGAGGCGAACGCGCUACCAAAAUUACGACGAGUGAGUAGUGGCCAGCGAGAUGACAACAAAGAUCCUCCUGGCUCCCCUAGGCGCGACUCUCCCACAGCAGGGGCACACUGUGAGCCAGCGCAACCUGGAAAUAUCUAUGAUCAUCUCGAAUCCAGACUGGAGAUGGCGACCAAACAUAAAGACAAGUCGCCUGCUGCCAACCAUGUCCCACCAGAGGAAUCAAAACUCACGACGAAAGACAUCAAGGCAAUGUUGUCUGGGGCACCCCACUUUCUUCUGGAGAAGGGCAAGCAUGGUCGAUGGUAUCCCGAGGUGAUAUUCCCCUGGGAUGAGCAGAACUCAGUAAUCCAACAUAUGUGGGAUCGCAAGCCACUGCCCCAUGCAUCCUUCACUCUGAGCACACUUCACGCUCAUCUGCCGCUCCCAGACGACUGGGCUAUCAAAGGCGGCGUUCCGACCCAAGCUCUUGACUGGCGCCGAAUAGGCGCUGUCAACAGGGCAACGUUUGACGUUGGGAUCUUCGAAGUACCGAACAUGUUGUCCAAUAAUGGCAAAGAACCUGGCACCGUCGGUUUCCGGCACUUUCUUGAAUUACCUGUGGCGGACGCGAUCCGAUAUACUGGCCCCGAAACCCCAAGGAAACCUCCAUACUUACAACAAGUCUCAACCAUGGCGGCAACGGAGGCGUUUAAUAUAAUGGAGGGAUACAACAAACCGUAUUCGCAGUGUCAAAGUGGUGCCGUGUACGAUCGACAUAAGCUCAUUUGCGGGGGCCCCGAGGCCUGGAAGCGCAUUGGAGUACGAGAUAUCAACAUGCGAUCUCUGGUGCAACGUUUAGACUAUCUGCGCAAGUACCGACAUGAAAUGCUCACGGAGGGAUCAACGAAGACAAUCCUGGAUAUUGAAAGCCCGCGCGAGUUGCACGACAUUUUACACACUCAAUUCCUUCACCCUCGCCCUCCACCUGCCGACAUCAUAGGGGGUCAUCCGCAAAGCGUCAAAUCCCAGAUCAAAACUUUGGCAAUCGUGCUGGCCACCCCCGGAGCAUGGAUCAAUUUCAGUCUCCCAGAAUGGCGCUUUCGGGCAGGGCAGGUCCUAUGGGAGGUAUCCCUGCAUGGCGAUGGGGACUGUCUGGACCCCGGUUCAAGUAAUGAAAAGGUGCCGCGGGAUGUUUUGAUCAAGUCCGGGAUGGAGCGAAAGUGGUUGCUGAUCCAGAUGCUCCUCUCUGCCGAGUUGCUUCUUCGCUUGGACGCGUUCGUGCGAGUUGGCAUGUUGCAUGAUCCGCACGGCGGUCAUAUCACGAUUCAUGAGCUUGUACAGUUCGAGAAUUUGCGAGAAGGCAAGCUGAAUUGGGAUCUGGUUGUUGUGCGCCGGUUCCUCAACAGUCUGCAUAUCACUUGCCCGUCGCCACAAUCAGGGCCAUCUCCGGGUGGCUCAGCCACCAAGCCGCCUGGGAAAAGCCAUCGGUUCUCACUGCUUGAGAGCAUCGCUCGGCAUAGCUCGCCUGUUGCGGAUCUACAGUCUGCCUGGGACUGUGAACUGAGCUCUUCGCACGUUCGGCAGCAGCUGGAGGGUCUGUAUGUCUUCGCAGAAAACAUUGGAUGGCCAAAAUUGGCUGCACUGAGAGCUACCAUGGAGCUCAAACUUGGAGAUCCUAACAAUCCGGUUCUGCCUGCCUUAGUCGUUGAUGACAGGUGGGGACGGGAAAAGAUAUCCAAGGAGAUGUUACUGGCCAAGGAGGAUAUGUACGCACGAAGCCCCUGCCGACGACGCGUCAAGCUUUGUAGCUCUGGCGAUCCACAGUCUAAAAAUUUAGGCUGGAUCUCGCGCUCCUUGCUCUCCGGGUUCGUGAUACCCGGAGAGGCGAUUAGUCACCUUCUCAUGGCGACACUGCUUGAGAACGACGCAGAUGCACUGGAUAAACUGGGCUCAAUUGCCAACCUCUAUGGAGGGUUCGUUUAUGGAGAACGGAGUUGGUGGAGUAAAGCAUGCGUGGUCGGACGUGUCCUGUCCUGUUCAAAGGGAGCUAAGACGUGCAUGGGGUGGAUCAGCAGCGACAUGAUGCCCCGCGAUGAGAUUACGCGGGAAUUAUUCAAGUGUGGAUGGCUUGAACUCCCGGUUGAAGAGGUUCCGCAGAUCUCGAGCAGGCCUCGAAUCAAGCAAGGAGCUAAGCUUGUGCUGGAAUCGUCACCGCUAGGCAUGGGAGACAUCACAGCGAAAGCCUUUACACUCCCAACGGAUAAUCCAGAGACAAGUGCGAUACACACUAUCACUAUCGAAGGGUUGACUUUGUCAGUCAAUGAUUACAAGCCCCCCAAUAGCAACGGCAUUACACCUGCUAAGGCAUCCAUGUCGUUCGCGAUCAAAGAUGCGGAUAGUGCUGGAGUUUCAACUACGGUUUGUUUCCCCCUCAAGUAUAAUGUGCGCUUUAUCUCCGCCCACGAGUGCUGUCCACCGUUGGGGGUCGUUUCUCACAAGUCAUCCGACCGCGAGAAAGAUGAGCCCCAGCAGCCUACGAGGCCCGUUUCCAAGUACACGCGUCUACCAGGCCAUCCUCUGCACAACUCUUAUCGAUACAAGUAUGUUUCGUUGGACUCCCUCUCCUCCACCUCAGCGCCGCAAUCGACAUUGUCGCAAGGCCCAGAGGCAGCUCAAGCGCCGGAGAUUCUUGUCAUCGACGCGCGGGGCAGCCGAGACAGGGAAACAUUCGCUCGGGCGUGGUGUGCUGCUGUUGGGUGCCAUGCGAUAAUAAGUCGGUCCGGGGAAACUCGUGUGACAUGUUGUGUCGCAUGUUCAAUAAGGCAAGCGAGAGCCAUUGAUGUAAUGGUUGUGGUGCGUAUAAGCGAAUGA